GAGGAGGAGGAAGCGGGAGAGCUAGGGAGCGAGGAAGAUGCGGCGGCAGUGGAGGCAAUGCGCCUUGAGAAGCUAGCAAAGUGGAAGGCCAUGAUGCAAAGUGGCGAGUUGGAGGAGAUUGCUAGAAACGCCCUGAGCCAAGACGUGAUGGAGCAGGAGGAGGAUAUGGAGGCUGCAGGCAGCCGCAGAACAGGCCGAAAAAACAGGAACAAGGCUGAACCCGCCGCGCAGUCGGACGAUCUGUCGGAUCUGGACAUGUAUUUCGACAAGCAAUCGGACUGGAGAGACUCCUCGUCCUCAGCAGCACCAACAACACCCGCUGGCCCUCUCCCAAGUAGCGGACAAGCUGCGGGUAGGCGACGGGGCAAGGCAGUUGAAGGCGACGACUUGGCGGCACAACUGGCGGCGGGGCUGGGGCUCAACGUGGUGGCACCCUCCUCCUCCUCCCGCCCUUCGACGGGCACCGAGGAGGAGGCGGCAACAGCAAUGCACGAAAAAGAUGGGCGAUACCAGGAUGAUAGCGAAGAGGAGGAGGAGGAGAUGAUGAUGAUGGACGAGGACAGUUCCGGGGCACGGCUCGGCGGGUGGUUCAACGACGGGCAGAACGCCAGUCGGCGGGAGCGGACGAGGGCCAUCCGCAAGGAGGAGAAGGAAGGGAAGAGCGCGGAGAAGGUGAUUGCUAUGGUCGUCUCUGCGGCGGAGCGUGACGGAGUCCGCGACGACAGGUAUUUCUCGUUCGCGCUCAAGACCCUCGCGAGGAUGGGGCGCUUGGACCUCAGCCUCCGUGUCAACGAGAUGAGGGAAACGUAUCUAGAGGACGGCGAGCUCGAAAGCCACGACCGCAUGACGACGGCGGGGCUAGCGGUGGCCUGCCUCAGGGCCGGGGACGAGACGUCCGCCUUGGAGAUGCUCGAAUCCGCCGUCAAGCCCUACUCAUCCUCUACUCCAGAGGAAAACGAAGAGCUACAGGUGGAACAAGAGGAGGAGGAGGAGGAGGAGGAGGAGGAAGAGGGGGAGGACUGGGAGGCGCUCGAGGCAGAGGAGGAGCUGGAGAAAAUUUUGGAGGCCGAGGGGGAGGUGCUUCCAGAGCUGCUGGACUUCUACUUGGAGCGGGGUCACAAGGAGAGCAGCCAGGAAGCGGCGGCCGGGCUGAGAAAGACCCUCGACAGGGCUCUUCGGCAGGGGGACUUCGCCCCCUCUUCUGCCGCCGCCGCCGCCGCCGCGCCUUCUUCUCUAUCGGCUCCGCCACCCUCGGGCGCCCUUACCGUGUGGGCGUACAACCAGCUCAUCCGGCGGCUGGGCAAGGCGGACAGGCUAUCGGACGUGUUCGAGGUGCUGGACGGCAUGGCCAGGCUCGGCGUGGAGAACAACCACGAGACGCUCGAGUUCGCCACCAACGCCGCCAUCAAGGAGGUCGAGUUCGAGACCCGGGCGGUCUCCAUGAAGACGUUGCCCAGCGGAAAAGCAGCACUGCCCGAGGUGGUGUUCGUGGGCCGUUCCAACGUGGGCAAGUCUUCCCUGGUGAAUAUGCUCGUAAACCGCAAGACCCUGGCGCCAACCUCGGCCGUGCCUGGUUUCACUCAGCACUUCAACUAUUACGCCGUGAACAAGGGGAGGAGGAAAUCGCCAUCCUUCUUCCUCGUCGACGUCCCUGGUCUGGGUUACGCCAGGGCCGACGACGGCCGCAUGGACUCGUGGAAGAGCACGCUGCAGCGCUACCUUGGUGUCAGGGAGAACCUCCGCGUGGUGUUUCACCUCAUUGACGGCAGGACGGGCCUGCAGAAGGCGGACGAGCAGCUGAUCUCGCUCAUGAUGAACGAGAACGAGGGGAGGAGCAGCUACGUCGUGGUGGUUACCAAGUGCGACAAGGUGAACGACAAGAAGCUCAAGGGGGUGACGGAAAAGGUGCGACAAACCCUCGACAAGAACGGCUUCCCCAAGACCACCCCGGUCAUCCCCACCAGCGCCAAGUCCAGGCAAGGCAGGGUGGAGCUACUAGGAUACCUGCGGCUGGUUUUCGAUGUCGACCGACGAAAGGGCAAGGGGCCCGCUGGCGCCACCGCCGCGGGUCCGCCCCAGGAGGAGUGGGAGGGGGCGCUGCAGGGGGGGGAGCGGAGAAGGCAGCGAUAGUAGAGAGAAGGGUUUGUGGCACGCGGUGGCUUGUAGCCCGUAGGGUCGACCGAGGGCGUCGAUGCAAGUGCUGGAGCGAUGUCACACUCACACCGUGUGAUACGGGCUUGUGAUUUGGCGGUUUGGCCUUGGAAUCGAAGGUGUGUCCCUCGUCUGAUGCGUCGAGUUGACACCGAUGGAUUUGGCGCGCAGAAUAGAUAGGAGGGAUGGAG